AUGCUUGGUCUGUUGAUCUACAUUUGUUAUGGAGUGUGGCACAGCACGCUGGAGCUGAAUGCUCGGGAGCAGCAGGCACAUGCCAGUUCCUACCAGCGCUAUGACGACCACUUGGAUGACACUGUCUCCCCCGGUGACGACCUUUACACCCAGGAGCAGGACGAGAGACCGUAUCAGGGGUGGUCUGCACCCGAGGAGAGAGGAUACCACUACCAGCAGGGAAAUCAACACGAGAUCCAAUACGAGGACCAAGAGAGCGGAGAGCAGGAGCAGAGCCAGUAUGAAGAUAAUGGGGACCAGUGUGGAUACCAGUCUGGAGCAGGAGGCCAGUAUAUGGAGACAGGCAGUAGGUCCAAGGGAAGGACCAAUUAUGGGUUUAAUGAUGAAGAGGAGAACUGA